CAAGCAGAGGGACGGUUUAAGUCGUCUCCGGUCCAGAGAUUGAGCGAGAGGGGAGGAGAGUGGAGGCUGGCAGGUCGCACUGGAGAUGGGCAGCGCCGGAGGACUCUGCUCCAGUCCAAGGGCUUGGGGAUGUGGCUGGAAUGUCAUCCGACUCCUGUGCUUUGCCUUCAUUAACUGGGGAGCCGCAGAAAAUACUGCUGCUGUCAUUGUGGUGAAUCAGACACCCCCUUCUAUCUGUGCAAUGGAAGGGUCAGAGUUCACCAUCGAGUGUACAUUCAACACAAGCAAUAAUUCAACCAGGUGGUUUGCUGAAUGGAAUAAAAUCAGAAACAAUGUAACAGCCAAGGUGAAUGGAACAGAUCGAAUCAUAUUAUCAGCAGAUCCAGAAAAGAGGUCUCUUUCCCUCACUGUGAAGAAAGCCGACGUCACUGAUUCUGGAACCUACGUAUGUGGGGUUGGGAGCAAAGAUGUGAUAUAUCCUGGGACUGGAACCCAAGUGACCAUCGAUGAAAUUCCCAAGUUGAUGGUGAAUCAGACCCCAGCCAAUAUCCAUGAGUCAGAAGGGUCAGAUCUCACCAUGGAGUGUACAUUCACGGUAUGGAAUAAACACAAGAUCUUGGAUGUGAAAUGGUAUAAACAUAACAGAACUGGGGCAACGAAAAAGGAGCUGAUGAGUGAAAGAGGCGGGGGCUCCGCAGCCCUGGAUUUGGAAAAGGGUUUUGCUUCGUUCACUCUGAAGAAUGUGAAUGUAACCGAUGCAGGAACCUACAUAUGUGAGGUGGGGAGCACAGCUUGGAACUGGUCUGCGUCAGGAGCCGGAACCCAAGUGACCAUCGCUCCUGUUGACCUGCUAGUGACUCAGAGCCCUGCCUUUGUCAAUGAAGAGGAAGGGAAACAGCUGACCAUAGACUGUAGAUUCAGGGCCCUGGAGAAACCCAGCACCAAGUAUUCUGUUAAAUGGUAUAAAAACGGGACUGAUGGACACGAGAAGGAGCUGAAAAACAAAACAGGCUCACUCACAACAACUCUAGAUUUCUCAGCGGGCCUGGCUUCUCUCACAUUGACUAAUACCAGCAUGAGUGAUUCUGGGUUCUACAGAUGUGACUUCGGUAAAAAUGGCCGUGGGAAUGGAACGAGAGUGACGAUCCGUGAUAAAAGGAGAAAUGCCUCCCGCGUUCUUUUCAUCAUCCGGAUGGUUCUCGGGGCCCUUGUUAUAAUCUUGGCUGUGAUUAUUAUUACAGAGUGUGUGAUGUCAGAAAAGAGGGCUGCUGUCAGUCGGACAAUAUGAGGAUCAGCUGUUACAGUGUACACCAGGAGAUGGAGCUCUCAGACACCUGGUACCCAGGCGUUCCCCCCAACACCGUGUUGAGCAUCCUGCCUGUCAGAUUCUGCACCUGCAAAUAAACCUUGAACUGAAUGGAAGGGAGGGGAGGGGAUGCUGGAUAACUGGAAAGGGAGUUCAUGUGUGUUCAUAUUAAAAAGACUCCUCCCUGACACCCCUCUUUGAGGCAGCAGAAGCCAGUGAUCGCUGAUGGCUUAGGCAGUCUCAGUGGCAUCUGAGCCAUAGGAAAAUAUGAGACGAACAUUUCUGUCACCUACAGAUUCCCCUUUGUGCUACCUAGCAAUCGCUUUAGAGGUUCAUGGAACCCUUGAAGUGAAGAUGCUCAGAAGACGAGCCAAAAACUCUUCCCUAUAAUUGGUUCAGCUGCUUGUCAGUUAAAGAGGAAAUGGAAACAUCUGCUGGGAAUUGCUGUCUGUGGGUUCAGAUGGCCCCCUUGCUGAAGUCAACCAGCGCACAGUUAACCACAUGCUUAAGCGUUUGCAGGAUUGAAGCCUCUAUAAAGGACCAUGUUUUUAUAACUGGUUUUGUUAAUUGUUUUACACAUGCUGCUCUAGUAGUUAGAUUGUCUUAAACCCGAGGCUAAGGCUAUGCACUUCCAAAGUGUUUUAAUACAAUUCUGAUAACUCUGGCUAUUCUUGAUGUCCCUAUAAAUGCACAGUCCUUUUUUGAAUCUUUCUGUGCUCUUGCUCACACUGAUUUCUUGUGGCAGUGAGUUCCACUGUUUAAUCACACAUAGGUUAGAGUAUUUCCUUUUAUCAGUUUGAAUUUCCCACCUUCUAAUUGAGUUGAAUCUCCCCUUGUUCUCAUGUUGCAUGACAGAGAGAACAGAACUUUCCAAUCUACCUUCUCUAGAUCGGUUAGUAUUGUACAUGUCCCCUCCUGUUCAAAUCACCUUUCUCAGGUAAACAAUCCCAGUCUUCUCCAUUUCUCUUCUUAGUACAAUUUUUCAAUGACCUUGAUCUCCCUCAUCGCU